CAGAUUAGCUGUACUAAAUGACUGUUUUCACUAGACCAACAAAAUAUGAUAUAGGAUUAUGAUACGGAUUAAUUUGAAUAAAAGCUUCAGAGUGGAUUAAAAUAUAGUUACAGGAAGGAGGUAGCACCGGAAUAAAUGCGUUGAAUUUGUAAAAACAGAAUGUCCGUUUUUCGAUUGUGAAAAGGAAAAUAAAAAGACAUACAAAUGGAUAUAUAUGAAUUCUCAAGGAUUAUUAUGCUCGUUUUUGGAGUUUUCCAAAUUCUGCCCAAUGGAGAAGCUGGGCGGAACAACAAAACCAAGACGCAGAAAGAACCAACGGAUGAGCAAAGACUUUUUAAAUACCUGAUGACCAAUUAUGAUCACAACACCAGACCAGUCUACAAUGCCGCACACCCAGUCAAUGUUUCUAUCGGGAUAACGCUUACACAAAUAUUUGAUGUGGAUGAAAGGAAUCAAGUGAUUUCAACGAAUAUUUGGUUUGAUCAGGAAUGGUUCGACGAGAAGCUUAAGUGGGACCCUGGUGACUAUAACGGCCUUAAUGUGUUUCGUAUACCAUGUAAUCAUAUCUGGAGACCAGAUAUUGUUCUUUACAAUAGUGCUGAUGACUACAACAAUGGUUAUAUGCAAGCCCUUGCAAUGGUCCACUCGAAUGGUCACGUGUUCUGGCCGCCAAUAGUGAAAUUACGAAGUACAUGCAAUAUAGAUAUCACAUAUUUCCCAUUUGAUGACCAAAUCUGCAAGCUUAAAAUGGGCUCGUGGGCGUAUGAUGGCUUCCAGGUUGACCUGUACGCAAGGGAUAAUCCGGUUGACCUGUCAACGUUUGUCAGCAAUGGUGAAUGGGAGCUCAUCAAAGUAGAAGCUAUCCGAAACGUCAUAACUUACCCUUGCUGCCCGGAGCCGUUUCCUGACGUCACGUUCUAUAUUCAUAUACGACGUCGAACUCUUUAUUAUACUUACAACGUUAUUAUACCGUGUGUCAUGUUAUCAACGUUAACGUUGUCAGGGUUUUGGAUGAGACCCGACAGUGGAGAGAAGGUGACGCUCGGCCUGACAGUUUUGCUGGCUUUCUCGGUAUUCAUGCUCCUGGUUGCGGAGAACAUGCCGGCAACUUCAAGUUUCGUCCCUCUCAUCGGUAUUUAUUUAACAACCGUCAUGUCUAUGACGUCAUUAUCAGUAAUCCUGGCCGUAUUGACCUCAAACAUCAACCACAGGGGUCAAAAGGAAGUAAGUGUUCCAAGAUGGCUGACAACGAUAUUGACUUGUCUUUCAAAAGCAAUGUGUAUGGACCUUGUCUUUUUGAAUUAUAGACAAAAACGAUCUGGGAACGACUGGCGUGUAGGGCCAGGUCAAAGUUCACAGCGACCAUAUCAUUAUAUCAGUACUGCUGUGUCUGGUGAUUCUGGCUGCUUAAUUGAUUAUGAGAAUGGGGAUACGCACGUGGGCUUGUCAAACAAUCAUUCAAAUCACGUGACACGGCAGCAAGCCAAUCAGCGGGAGGAGAAUAAAGAUUAUCUGUUAAUUAUUCAAAAACUAGACGAACUUAUUGCAAGAGAAGAUGAAAGAGACAAAACUGAGUUAUACAUAAAACAAUGGAUAGAAGUAGCGGAAGUCAUUGACAGAUUCUUUUUCUGGAUAUUUGUUACAGGCACUGUAUUCGUUUCGUUGUUUUUAUUGAUUGUUUACCCGCUGUUUAAGCAAACCAAAGAACUUAUGCCUCAAGUUACUUAAAACUGACAGGAAAGAAAGAAACGAAACAUGUUUUGAAUCGACGUUUGAUUCAGAUCUGGAUAAUGUCUGUCUGGUUGUGCCGUAUGUGGCCUUACACGGAAUGGGAAUUUGCCGGACAAAUUCGGUAUGGAGUGAAUAGAAAAGGUGUCUUUCUGCGGAAAGCAGUGACGAAACUUUCUGCGGAAAGCGGAACUGAUGUUUGUAGUUUAUUCGGGUCAUGUGACCUUUUUGACGGAUGUAUGAAAUGCAUCACUAUUAACAUUAAGCAAGGAUGUUGUGUCAUGUAUAUAGAAACGUUUUGUAUUUUCUGUUUAGUUUUGUUGCUGUUAUUUGUAACUAGCGUUUUCAAACUGGUUUUUUGUUUCAAUUACGUUUUUGUUUAUAGAUAAAGUAUCCUUAGAAUGGUUGUCGGUGUGUUGUGUUUUUCUAAUUUUAUGUAUCAUAUGAAAUGCAUUAUUUUUAAGUAUUAUUUAAGCCAUUUCAAUUAUAAAUGAUGUAAUUGUUAAUAUAUGAAUAAACUGUAAAAUGAACAUUACAUUUACAUUAUGUAAUAUAUGGAUUUUAACAAUCUAGCUAUCUAGUUUUUCAACUAGCAUCUAGUUGCUUAAGCUCUUUAAUUCAAAGUGACUUUACUAACAAAAUGAUAUGACCUAAUAAUUAAAUUAUCAUAUAGUAAGCGUUUAGCUUAUUGCGCAUGCGUAAUCGGUUUAGUUCAAGUUUUACCAAGGAACUCUAAUAAAAAUUGAAAAUAU